AUGGACAUUUUAAGUGUAGUCUGUAUUUUUUUCUACUUGGGAAAAAGUUGGGCACAAGAGCAAACGUAUGUUGUCUCAGCACCUAAAGUAUUCUAUGUUGGAGCCUCUGAAAAUGUAGUAAUUCAAGUUCAUGGAUACAUGGACUCAUUUGCUGUGACCAUUGCUAUUAAAAGUUAUCCCGAUAAAAGUUUUACAUAUUCUUUUGGCCAAGUUACUUUGUCUCCAGAAAAUAAAUUCCAAAGCUCUGUAAACUUAAUUAUACAACCAAAAGAUUUAUCUGGAGGACCAAAUGCAGUUUCAUAUGUGUAUUUAGAAGUUGUAUGUGAUCAUUUUUCAAAAGCAACAAAAAUUCCACUCCGCUAUGACAAUGGAUUUAUCCUCAUUCAGACGGACAAGUCUGUUUACAAUUCAGAUGAGUCAGUAAAAGUUAGAAUUUAUUCAUUGGACGAAGACUUAAAGCCAUCACAAAGAGAAGUUACCAUAACUUUUAUAGAUCCAGCAGGGUCAGAAGUUGCCAUGGUAGGAGAAAAAAAUUAUACUGGAAUUAUCACUUUUCCUGACUUCAAGAUUCCAGUUAAUCCUAAAUACGGUUCAUGGACAAUUAAAGCUAAAUACAAAGAGGACUUCACAACAACAGCAGUUGCAAUGUUUCAAGUUAAAAGCCAUGUGAAACCACACUUCUUUAUCUUAGUAGAACCAGAAAAUUACUUCAUUAGCCAUAAAAAUUUUGAGGACUUCAAGAUUACUAUAAAAGCUAGAUAUUCUUAUAGUGAGAAUGUAACAGAGGCUAAAGUUUCUGUCUUUUUUGGGAUAAGAGAAGAUUUACAUGGGAGUGGAAAAGAAAUGAUGCAUGAAGCAACACAGAAGACAGAGCUGAUUGAUGGAGUUGCACAAAUUAAUUUUAAUACUUCAAGGGCAAUUAAGAAACUGUCAUAUAAAAGUCUAGAAGAUUUAAAUAACAAGUAUCUUAAUAUUUUUGUGGAAGUACAAGAAAGUACAGGUACAUUCUUCCAAGAAACCAAAGUGACUGAUAUCAAAUACGUCCUCUUACCUUACACACUGGAUUUGGUUGCUACUCCUCUUUUCCUGAAGCCUGGAAUUCAAUACUGCAUCAAGGUACAGGUGAAGGAUGCCUCUACCCAUUUCGUAGGAGGGAUUGCGGUAAUCUUGAAAGCAAAAACAGUUGGUAAAACUCAGGAGAAGAGAGAACUGGAUCCAAUAAAAAGCACAACAAAUUACAAUGAUGGAGUAGCUUCAUUUGUGGUUAACGUUCCCUCUGAUGUGACAACGCUGGAGUUUAAUGUCAGAACUGAUGAUCCAGACAUUCCAGAAGAAUAUCAGGCCAGCAAUGACUAUCAAGCUGUGGCCUACUCAUCACAUAGCCAAAGUUUCCUUUCCCUUAGCUGGACAGACAGUCACAAGAGUUUGCUUGUGGGAGAACAUCUGAGCAUAACUAUUACCCCUGAAAGUCCAUAUGUUGACAAGAUUACACACUACAAUUACUUGAUUUCAUCUAAGGGCAAAAUCAUACACUUUGGCACAGAGAAGAAACUCCCAGGUUCAUCUUACCAGCUUUUAAACCUUUCUGUGACUCAGCACAUGGUUCCUACAGCCCGUCUCCUGGUAUAUUACAUUGUCACAGGACAGCAGAUAACAGAAUUAGUAUCUGACUCAGUCUGUCUAAAUAUUGAAGAAAAAUGUAGAAACCAGCUUCAGAUCUAUCUGUCUCCAAAUAAAGAUAUAUAUUCUCCAGGCGAAAUUGUAUCUCUCACUAUGGAAACUCAGUCAGAAUCGUGGGUAGCGUUAUCAUCAGUGAGCCGUGCUAUAAAUAGCAUCCAAGAAAGAAGCAAAAAUAACAUGGAAAGAAUACUGCAAUCUUUUGAUAAAAGUGGCCAGGACUGUGGAGGAAGUGGUGGCAGGAAUAAUGCUGAAGUGUUUGACUUAGCAGGACUCACUGUCCUCACCAAUGCAAAUGGAGAUGACUCCCAACAAGAUGGUGGAUUGUUGGAGAAAAUUCCCAGAUCAAGAAGAGAAUUAAAAGACAAAAUAGAAAGUCUAGCAUCCACGUUCAAACACCCAUUGAUCCAGAAGUGCUGUUAUGACGGAGCCUUUAAAAGCGAGGAGAGCUGUGAGCAGAGAGCUGCAAAGAUUACCCUUGGCCCACGUUGUUCCAGAGCUUUCUCUCAGUGUUGUGAGCUGGCAAAUCAACUGCGGGAGGAUAUAUACAGAAAAGAGUUUCCUUUACUUCAAUUUCACAUGAAAUUUUCUCUGCCUAUCAGGUACCCAAUAAUGUUUGAAAGAAGCACUUUUUUAGAAAAUGGGUUAUGGGAAGUACAUCAUGUCUCUAAAAGGCAUCAGAUAGAGUUGACGCUACCUGAUUCUCUAACUACCUGGGAAAUUCAAGGUGUUGGCAUCUCAAAUCAAGGUCUGUGUGUUGCUGAUGUGCUGCAGCUCCAGGUGCACAAAGACAGUUUCCUGGUCGGAGACAACAAUGUGGCAAGAGUCAAUUAA